AUGUUGUUGAGCGACGUCGUCCCUGUCAAGAAGCAAGACCAAGAUGAGGGUCUUCAUACCGAUGAGGAUUCGUCAACUCGUUUGGAAGAGUCGAAAACUAGUGACGAAUAG